AUGGAAUAUUUUGAAUUUGUGCUUAUAUUGCAUCUUAUGAUCAAAUUAUUGGGCAUAACUAAUGAUUUAUCACAAUGCUUCAUGUUGCAGAAAAUUAAUGAAAUACGAGAGAAUGAUUGUGAGGACCUAUUUGAGGAGGUAAAUACUUUUUGUCUCCUAUAUCACAUCGUUAUACCAAAUAUGGAAGAUACAAUAACUGUUAGGGGUCGUUCAAGGGUCAUGGUGGACAGUUGGUAA